AUGGUGUGUUUAUCAAGAAAUAAUGGUGUAAAGUGCAUCGUUCCGGCUCAAUUUAUCCCUGGAAGAACGGGUGCUGGUCUUCUAAUACUCAAUGGCUUUACGUUCUAUAUGAAAAAUCAUCAAGCACACGGCAAAAAGCAAUGGUACUGCUCGUCCAGAGAUGUUCAUGGCUGUCGAGCAGACGUUAUUACGUACAAAGGAACAGAUGGCAGAGAUUAUAUAUCAAUUUUCCGUGGCCGUCACAUACACGAACCACCGCGUUUGCGGCAGUGCCACGACGGUAUUUACUACUUACCGUCGCAUAGAACCGGCAGUAUGGUAUUAAUUUACAAUGAUAACAAGUAUUGGAUCAACAACAGAUACCAAAAUACCAUCAACUGGACUUGCAGGGAUCGCAAACGUCUCGGUUGCAACAGCUGCAUCCAGACCACUAUCGAAGGACGGUACAUCAAGCAUAAGGGUUUCCAUAACCAUGCUGAUAAUUACACAAAGUAUAAUUUCAAUGACUGA